UACAUAAAGUUACCUUUUAAAGUAAUAUUUCAUAAGUGUGAAUUUAGAGGGGAAAAGGAGGUAAUAAAUAGUCCAGGUAAUAGUCAGCUAUGACCUAAGCAAUCGAGAGGCAAAAGCCUGCCAUUUGAGAGAUAUGGGGCUAGGUGAUCCAUGCUAUUUGUUUACUGUGCUAGGUAUAAUUCCAGAUAUGAAUUGCUGAUAAGCAGUGCUUGCCUGGAAGGCAUCCUGGGAACUGGUAGAGUCAUUAUUAAGAGGUAUAAGAAAUGCAUGGAGAUAAGGCAUAGCUAUUUUUCAAACAUCAUCCUACCAACCAAAACCUGUUGCACUUUUCAUUUUAACAGUGAGUGUCACUCGCUGGGCAGACUUGCUCCCCACUUCUGUAAAGGUGACAGCCUUUGCCUGGAGAAGACCCUCAGCCCCGCCCUCGCCAUGCUCUGGGGGGUCCUGGAUGCUUCCCAGCAGUGGCUGAAGGAAGGGAGAGAGUCCCGGCAGCUGGUGCUGGUGGUGGUAUUCGUAGCUUUGCUCCUGGACAACAUGCUGCUUACUGUGGUGGUGCCCAUUGUGCCCACCUUCCUCUAUGCCACGGAGUUUGAAGAAAGCAACUCUUCUCUGCACACCGGUCAUUCUCUAAGUUCCCUGCAAACUCCCACCCCUCUUGCCUUCUCUGGCAUCUUCUCCUUUUUUGACAACAUCACCAUAGUUGUGGAAGAAAGUGUUCCCAGGAGCACAGCAUGGCCCAGUGGCUCUUCUGGCACCAUCCCCCCUCCAGUCGCUGUGGCCAGCUCAGCGCCUAAAAACAACUGCUUGCAAGGCACAGAGUUCUUGGAGGAAGAGAACAUUCGGGUCGGAGUUCUGUUUGCUUCAAAGGCUUUGAUGCAACUUCUGGUCAACCCAUUCGUGGGACCUCUCACCAACAGGGUUGGAUAUCACAUUCCUAUGUUUGCUGGCUUUGUUAUCAUGUUCCUCUCCACCACUAUGUUUGCUUUUUCUGGCACAUAUAGCCUGCUGUUUGUGGCCCGGGCCCUCCAAGGCAUUGGAUCUUCAUUUUCCUCUGUUGCGGGUCUUGGAAUGCUGGCCAGUGUCUACACCGAUGACUACGAGAGAGGAAAAGUCAUGGGAAUCGCUUUGGGUGGCCUGGCUUUGGGAGUGCUGGUGGGAGCUCCCUUUGGAAGUGUGAUGUAUGAGUUUGUUGGAAAGUCUGCUCCCUUUCUCAUCCUGGCCUUCCUGGCACUACUGGAUGGAGCCCUCCAGCUCUGCAUCCUGCAGCCUUCCAAAGUCUCUCCUGAGAGUGCCAAGGGGACUCCGAUUCUUAUGCUUCUCAAAGACCCUUAUAUCCUGGUGGCUGCUGGUUCCAUCUGCUUUGCCAACAUGGGAGUCGCCAUUCUGGAACCCACACUGCCCAUCUGGAUGAUGCAGACCAUGUGCUCCCCUGAGUGGCAGCUAGGUCUGGCUUUCUUGCCUGCCAGUGUGUCCUACCUCAUUGGCACCAACCUCUUCGGUGUGCUGGCCAAUAAGAUGGGUCGGUGGCUGUGCUCCUUGGUUGGGAUGGUAGUGGUUGGUACCAGCUUGCUCUGUGUCCCACUGGCUCGCGAUAUUUUUGGUCUCAUUGGCCCCAAUGCCGGCCUUGGCUUUGCCAUAGGUAUGGUGGAUUCCUCUCUGAUGCCCAUCAUGGGACACCUGGUGGACCUGCGGCACACCUCAGUGUAUGGGAGUGUCUACGCCAUUGCUGACGUGGCUUUUUGUGUGGGCUUUGCUAUUGGACCGUCCACUGGGGGUGCCAUUGUGCAGGCCAUUGGUUUCCCCUGGCUCAUGGUCAUCAUUGGGGUGGUUAACAUCGUCUAUGCUCCUCUCUGCUACUUCCUGCGAAACCCCCCAGCCAAGGAGGAGAAGCUUGCUAUUCUGAGCCAGGACUGCCCCAUGGAGACCCGGAUAUACACAACCCAGAAGCCCACAGAGGAAUUUCCCCUGGGGAAGAAUGGAGAUGAGGACCCUGACAGUGAGGAGUAGCAGCUGAAGGUGGCCCCUGAGUCAGGUCUUACUGACCCGACGAGGCUUGGACUCCAGGUGGCGCUUCUUCCCUGGAACCAGCUGGAGAUGGGCUGCUCAGUGGGCCCCACUGCGAGGUCCUGGGGAAUCUUGCCUCCUCUCUCCCAGAGGUGCUGCGCCUCCUACUCUGCUCGCUCACCUGAGCACCCCCUAGCUCUCCCUCGAAGCUUCUCCUGUGGGAGGACAGAGUGAUCCCUCCUCCCUGGCUGCUCUGAGGCUGCUAGACUUGAGGCGGGACCAGUUCUGCAAGGGUGACUCACUUUCUGGAGGCUGCAGUGAGCAGGGCACCCCUGAAACUGAGGGGCCACUGCAGACCUUGGCUCCUUUGUUUUCUGAUUUUCAUUGGCACAUUCCCAACAUACUGCAAGAGUUUGUCAUCUGUUCCCUGGCGCAUUCCGCCCUGAGUUUUCCCAGCUGAGUAGAGCAGGUGGCCUCACCAUCAUGCAGUGCCAACAGGGAGGGGAUUUUUUUCUUUUCUUUUCUUUUCUUUUUUUAACAAAUUGAUUGAUUUUUCUGUAGCUAAACCUACUUACUGCUUCUCAAAUGACUACUGAAGAUGAACAAAGUGUCUUCCUAAUUUCAUUAUCUAGUGAGAUUAAAGCAGGUGUUUCUCCUUCACUUGAGUUAUGACAUCCUCGUGCUUUCCCAUCUGUGUUUUUCUAUCUUUCCUGAACUUCUCAGACUAUUAGAAAUAAAAGCAGGUGAAGGGGAGGCUGAAGCAGGAGGACUGUAAAUUCGAGCCUAAACAACUUAGU